AUGGCUGCAGACGCCCAGCAGACAAUGAAGGUACGAGUCAAUACGCCUACGAUGCUGAACUCCCCAGUGUCCAGGGGUCCUACCAUUUACAAAGCAGGAAGAGGCUUCAAGACCAGACAUAGCCGGUUCUACCUCAGCGCAUCUCAUUUCAAACUUUCCUCGAGGACUUCAGCGGAGCCUGGGCCGACCCCUCCCAACUCUUAUCAGCGCGUCACGCCGUCUGCCACCUGA